AUGGCGUCGACUACAGCAUCGAAGACACCGAUAACGGCUGCCUGGAUGCCGAAGGAGAUGAUGUCAGAAGACAGCGAAGUUUUGAUGGCCGUGUCUCGACUUGUUGCACGAGUUCUCUUUGAACCAGUCUUGAAGCCCAAGCUGUAUCAGCACUUUGGGGAUAGUCAGAGUUCCAAUGGACUACUCCUGCUUCGGGAUGAACAGUUUCAGUUAGCAGGGAUGGCAGGCGUUGUUGUCGAGAAGUUGCCGGGAUUCCAGGAUGAGGUGCCGCGGGUUUGCUACUUGGUCAUUGAUCCUCGUCUCCAUGGCCAAGGCGCCGAGCCGGAUGGAGAAGCAACGUAUCUGCCGGGAUCCACGAGAUCUGCGGCCGUUGCCGCAACGAAUCAGAGCCAUGUUGGAAUUGACAUCUCGUGGGCUACGGCUGGAUAG